CGAAGCCAGAGGGCGCAGGUUCAAUAGGUGUGGAAUGUUUUUGGGAAAAUUCAUAUUCUUUGUCAUUUAAAGCUUCUCAGUCAUCGAUGGUAUCGUCCUCCACCCUGCAUCCCCCAGCGUAACGGGGCAUCCAUACACAACGUACGUCGAAUUCCACCAAAAACACCGUCUCAUACAAUUUUGAGUUGCAAGAUGACUGACUUUAACGCCCUCGCCGUCCAGUUCACUGACUUUUAUUACAACACCUUCGACACGGAUAGGUCGCAAUUGACUGCGCUCUACCGCGAUCACUCCAUGCUCUCCUUCGAAGGCGCCCAAAUCCAAGGCACCUCAGCCAUCGUCCAAAAACUAGUCUCCCUCCCCUUCGCCCGGGUCAAACACCGCAUCUCAACCCGUGACGCUCAACCAUCUUCCCCCUCUUCAGGCGGCGUACUGGUCAUGGUCACGGGAGAGUUGCAGAUUGAUGAUGAGACGACGACGCAGAGGUAUUCGCAGGUCUUCCAUUUGGUGCCGGAGGGGGGUAGCUAUUAUGUUUUCAAUGAUGUUUUUAGGUUGAAUUAUAUGUAG